AAUGUGUCUUCUUGACACAGCUGAGCCUGACAGUCUGUACUCGGGGAUUAAAGCGCCGCGAAUCUGCUGGCCAUUUUCCUCUUCUUGUUAGCUUACUAGCUCAUAAGGCUAGUCUUCUAAUUAUUGCGUUUGCCGGAGUAAAACAAACAUAUGCCAUAUUUAAAAUUUACAGCUCGGUCAUUUUAGCUGUAUCGGGGCUUCCUUUCUUUCCGCCGUCAUGGAUGAGGAGUAUUACACAGGUGGAGGAGACUGGGAAGGCCCAGACGGUAACCUGGUGAGGACGGGACUUGUUGCUGUUAGCAUUAGGAUGAUGUUUAUGAUGAAGGAGAAAGCGAUGGGAAAGUCCAGGAGGACUGCCUGCAGAAAUUCUCCAGCAGAGAUUAUAUCAUGGAGCCUGCUAUAUUCAACACAUUGAAACGGUAUUUCCAAGCAGGUGGCUCUCCUGAACAUGUCAUCCAACUUCUCUCAGAGAACUACUCAGCUGUUGCUCAGACGGUCAAUCUUCUAGCGGAGUGGCUCAUCCAAAUGGGUGUGGAACCGGCUCAGGUCCAAGAGCGAGUAGAAAAUCACCUCAAGAGUCUCCUCAUAAAGCACUUCGACCCCCAGAAAGCUGAUUCUAUCUUUACUGUGGAGGGAGAGACGCCUGCUUGGCUUGAGCAGAUGAUAGCACACACAACAUGGAGGGAUCUGUUCUACAAGCUGGCAGAGGCUCACCCCGACUGUCUGAUGCUCAACUUCACUGUAAAGCUUAUUUCUGACGCGGGUUACCAAGGAGAGAUCACCAGUGUUUCGACAGCAUGCCAGCAACUGGAGGUUUUCUCCCGAGUGCUGAGGACAUCUUUAGCCACGUUGCUGGAUGGAGGAGAAGAAAACUUGGAGAAAAAUCUGCCAGAAUUUGCUAAAAUGGUGUGUCAUGGAGAGCACACCUACCUCUUCGCACAGGCAAUGAUGUCCAUCCUCGCUCAGGAGGAGCAGGGCGGUUCAGCUGUUCGUAGGAUCAGCCAGGAAGUGCAGAAGUCCGCACAUGAGAGGGGUCAUGAUGCCAGUCAGAUCACCCUCGCACUCGGUACGGCAGCAGCCUACCCUCGAGCCUGCCAGGCUCUGGGCGCCAUGUUGUCCAAAGGAGCCCUGAAUCCUGCCGACAUCACAGUUUUGUUCAAGAUGUUCAGCAGCAUGGACCCGCCUCCUGUAGAGCUGAUCAGGGUUCCUGCCUUUCUAGACCUGUUCAUGCAGUCUCUUUUCAAGCCUGGAUCAAAAAUCAACCAGGACCAUAAGCACAAAUACAUCCACAUUUUAGGCUACGCAGCCAGCGUUGUUGAGACGUGGAAAAAGAACAAGCGAGUCAACAUCAAUAAAGAUGAGCUGAAAUCAACUUCCAAGGCCAUAGAGACCGUUCACAACCUGUGCUGCAAUGAGAACAAAGGAGCUACAGAACUGGUGGCUGAACUCAGCACCUUGUACCAGUGCAUCAGGUUUCCAGUGGUUGCCAUGGGAGUUUUAAAGUGGGUGGACUGGACUGUAUCAGAGCCACGCUACUUCCAGCUCCAAACGGACCAUACUCCCGUUCAUUUAGCCUUACUAGAUGAGAUCUGCACGUGUCACCAGCUGCUACACUCGCAGGUCCUCCAGCUGCUCAUCAAGCUCUUUGAGACGGAGCACUCUCAGCUGGACGUCAUGGAGCAGCUGGAGCUGAAGAAGACGCUACUGGACAGAAUGGUUCAUCUCCUGAGUCGUGGUUACGUCCUUCCUGUCGUCAGUUACAUUCGUAAAUGUCUGGAGAAACUCAACACGGAUAUUUCCCUCAUUAGAUAUUUUGUCACUGAGGUGUUAGACGUGAUCGCACCUCCUUACACUUCAGAUUUUGUUCAACUCUUCUUGCCGAUCUUGGAGAAUGAAAGUAUCGCAGGAACAAUUCGCACCGAGGGAGAACACGACCCUGUGGCCGAGUUCAUUGCUCACUGCAAGUCGAAUUUCAUCAUGAUUAACUGACUGGGUUCAAUGUCUAAUUUCAACUUGUUUUUUGAGGGGAAAAAAACUUUUUUUUGGUGACAUUGGUCUCUGAAAGGGUGAAAUAUGAACAGUAAAGACAGCCUUAUCUUAUUUCAUGUUUUUUUUUAAAUAAAAACCUGAAUGUCUAGUUUGAUCCUUUUUAAUUUGUUAUUAAAAAUGUAAAUAAAAAAAUGCCAUUCA